AAAUGUGUCUUUUCCUGUUACACGACUUUUAAUAAGGCAACAUGGACAAGGCUGAAACUCUCCUCAAAGAGCAGCAGCUUAAGGAUCAGUUUGACAACUUGGAGAAGCAUACACAGUGGGGGAUCGAGUUUGUAGAGAAGUACACCAAAUUCGUCAAGGAGAGGUCAGAGAUCGAAACCAACUAUGCAAAACAAAUUAGGAAUUUAUCAAAGAAGUAUCAACCCAAGAAGAACUCACGAGAGGAGGAAGAGAGCAAGUACACCUUCUGUCGAGCCUUCCUGAUGACACUUAACGAGCUAAAUGACUACGCGGGUCAACACGAGGUUAUAGCUGAGAACCUGACGUCUCAAAUCAUCAGUGAGCUUUCGCGCUACCUGCAGGAGCUCAAGACUGAGAGGAAAUCGCACUUCCAUGAUGGGCGCAAGGCACAGCAGCACAUUGAGAGCUCGUGGAAACAGCUGGAAUCAUGUAAAAGAAGGUUUGAGAGGGACUGCAAAGAGGCAGAUAGAGCACAGCAAUACUUUGAGAAGAUGGAUGCUGACAUUAACGUGACUAAGGCUGACGUGGAAAAGGCACGACAGCAAGCUCAGAUGAGGCACCAGAUGGCUGCUGACAGUAAGAGCGAUUACUCCGCCUACCUGCAAAAGUUCAACCAGGAGCAGAAUGAACAUUACUACACAGUUAUCCCCAACAUAUUCCAGAAACUUCAAGACAUGGAGGAGAAAAGAAUUGACAGGAUAGGGAUGUGCAUGAAGACGUUUGCAGACGUGGACCGCCAGGUGCUGCCCAUCGUGGGGAAAUGUUUAGACGGCAUGACGAAAGCUGCCGAGUCCAUCGAGCCCAAGACUGACUCGAAGCAGGUGGUGGAGUCCUAUAAGUCCGGGUUCGAGCCCCCGGGAGAUGUAGAGUUUGAGGAUUACGGCCAGGCCAUGAAGAGGACGGCGUCCGACACCAGCCUGUCCAACUCCAGAGAUGCCAAGGAAAAGCCUGCCGGCAAGAGCAAGGGCAAACUGUGGCCUUUCAUUAAGAACAAGAACAAGCUUAUGUCCCUGUUAACGUCCCCCCACCAGCCCCCACCGCCCCCCCAGCCUCAUCCCCGCCCUCCUCCCCCCUCACCCUCUGCUGUUCCCAACGACCCCCAGUCUCCCAAGCAGCACAAGGAGCCCCUCUCCCACCGCCUCAACGACUUCAUGACCUCCAAACCCAAAAUGCACUGCCUCCGGAGCCUGAGGCGAGGGCUUUCUCUCAAGCUGAUCACACUCAAUUCCCACGUCCGGAAUCUCAUUGAGGGCUCCGGACCAGAGGACUUCAGCCACCUGCCGCCAGAACAGAAGAAGAAGCUGCAGGGCAAGAUAGAUGAGCUAAAUAAGGACAUUCAAAAAGAGAUGGACCAGAGGGACGCUCUAACGAAGAUGAAAGACGUGUACAUCAAGAACCCUCAGAUGGGAGACCCGACCAGCGUCGACCCCCGGCUAACAGAAAUAGCCCAGAACAUCGAGAAGCUCCAGUUCGAGACACAGAAAUUCGAGGGCUGGUUAGCAGAGGUGGAGGAAAGGAUGCCAUCCAAGAGCGAUUCACACCGGAGAAGUGGCCUCUAUGAGACCCAGAACAACACAACAGUGAGCAACAACUGUGCGCAGGACAGAGAGAGGCCCUUGAGCAGCCCGGAUGGCAGCUACACAGAGGAGCAGAAUUCAGAGACUCAGGUCAAAGCCAACAUCACCCCCAUCCCCCCCACCUCCACCACGCCGGAGUUCGACGACGAGUUUGACGAUGAGGAGGCGCUGCCCACCAUCGGCACCUGCAAAGCCUUGUAUCCGUUCGAAGGUCAUAAUGAGGGCACUAUCUCGGUGGCAGAGGGCGAGCUGCUGUACGUCAUAGAAGAAGACAAAGGAGACGGCUGGACACGAGUGCGCAGGAACGAGGACGAGGAGGGCUACGUCCCCACGUCCUACGUCGAGGUCUUUUUGGAAACAAAUGCCAAAGGUGCUAUGACAUACAUUUAACUCAGCAAGUGUGUUUUUGUCGCUGCGAGUCAGUAAGUUUCCAUCCACUGCUACACGAGUGGGGAACGUUACGGAGAUUAAAGAUUGUCACUGGUAGCUCAGAUAAGAGAAUACCCUCCCCCAUCACACACACACUCCCUGUCUUUCUGUAAGAGGAGGACCAAUCAGAUUUGUCCAUUGUGCCUCAUGACAGUUGGGACAGUUGUGGCUGAUAGUGUGUGUCACUGGACACUGUUAUAGAGCUCUGAACAAAACACUGGAUGCGAGCUGAGCCAUAUGGCUGUUGUAUACAGGAAGUGUGUGACAGGAAGCUCCUCACCUCUCAUUCACUGCAGUGCCACCUAGUGGCUGCACAAAAUAUAACAUAAGCAGUCAAAGCUUAGCAUGAUGGGACAAAUCACCCACUGACAAUGAUCACAUGUACAUUUCAAACACACGCAGUACUUGAUUUUUUUACACAUAAAUAUUGUCUUUUUUUUUUUGUUAACAUUUCAGACUAUAGAAAAACUCAAAUCAACGUGCUUUUAAUCAAGAGUCACAAACUCAGUGUGGUGUUAAAUCGGUUGAGUGAAUGUAUGCAGCGCCUGAGGUGACGAUGACCACCAAGUGAAAGAUAUUGUCACUGUGUCGCGGUCACUUGUUUUACCCUAAAAGGAAAGCAUGCUCGAUGUGCAAUCAUGCAGAUGUAAUUUAAAUCAGCUGUAAGAUAUGAUAUUAAAAGAUAUUUUUGUAGGCUAAACAGAAAAAAACCCACAAAAAUUGCACCCCCCUCCCCCUUCAAAUGUUGCAUGCUGUAGAUUAAUCAUAGUGCUGUUACAACAGGAAAAAGUUGUGAAAGUACCCCAAGUUAGAGGUGAUUUUUUAAAAUUAUUGUUGAAAUUAGAAAGUAAUAUCGCCCUUUAGAAUGUGCUUUCUUCUCUUUUUUUAAUCCACCUUUUUUAAUUGAUAGUGUUGCACUGUUCUGGUCCUUUUUCCAGGCCAGUGGUAAAGGAAUAAAGGACUGAGAAUUAGCUGUGCUAAGCUAUAUGGUGAGACUGGGCUGACACAUGGAGCUGGUUGUGACUUUAAAGCUUUGUGGUGUUUUGCAGCACCUCCAUGAACGGUGCAUUUACUGUAAAAGCAUGGUGUGUAUGUAUGACCACCUCUUUGCCUCAGAAAUGAUCUCUUUCAUAACUCAUUACACAAGCCUUUGUUUAAUUCCCUUUCACACUUUUUAAUCAGCUUUGAUGGCUUGUUACUGGCACAGCAUGAUGUUCUUAUGCGCAGGAUGUCAUUUCAAGUCAGCUGUAAAUACACAUUUCAUGUUAUUUGUAAUUUCAUAUUGAAGAGCAUCUGCAAUGUGUUGCAUGCUGCAGCAUUUGUGGGAUUUUUGUCCUCGUCAUGACCUGAUUUCAGCACGUUGUGUCAAAGUGAAGUGGCUGCAUUCUAACAUGAAGUCAAGCCAGAUGAAAACUGAAGUGGAAUAAGCUGAAAGGUUCUUAAAACCCUAAAAUACAUAUUUUUUUCUCUUACCUGUAGUGCUUUCUAACAAUCUAGAUUGUUCUGGUGUGAGUUUCCCAGUGUUGAGGAUAUCAGCCGCAGAGAUGUCUGCCCUCUCUCUAAAAUAUUUGAGGUAGAUGGCACUCGGUUUGUGCAGCUCAAAGCGCCAAAACAAGACAUUUGAAAAAGUCUUCA